AUGUCACUUGCAUACGGCAAUAACCGCAGCGCGCAGCUUCCGCCGAUAGUCAACCGGAUACUCUACGUAAAGAAUCUCCCGUUCAAAAUAACACCCGAAGAAAUGUUUGAUCUGUUUGGAAAAUACGGAGCCAUACGGCAAAUUCGCAUUGGCACAGAGCCGAACACAAAGGGAACGGCAUAUGUAGUUUACGAGGAUAUUUUUGAUGCAAAGAGGGCGUGCGACCACUUGCAAGGGUUCAAUGUGAUGGGCCGGUAUCUUGUGGUGCUGUACCACCAGUUGAAUUACAAAGCAAAGAGGGUGGACCUGCCGAAGGAGGAGGAGCGAGUUGAGCAGCUACGGAGGCAGUUCAAGAGCAUGGGCAACGACGACGAGGAUGAUUUGUCUUGA